AUACAAUUAGUCAUUCUCAAGGUUUAAAGAUCACCGCAAGUGACCGUAACAAACCUUACCAUUGCAGAUAGCGCGCAAUUGAACCUCACACAACGGCCACAAAAUCGAAGAUAAACCAGAAAUGGCGGUUUGCUCCUCCCUCGCAGUCGUCUGCCCCUGCACUGUGCCCAAACUCAGCUCCAAGCUAUCGAAAACUAGGGUUAGGGUUUCCUCAGGUGAUCAGAGUUUCACAACCUCCAAAUUGUACGGAAACUUGGGGAAGAAAAGGCUCACUAGGUUGAAUGCAGCUGGGUUCGCGGAGAUUGAGCCUGAUCUCAACGAAGACCCCCAUGAUCGUUGGGAGACUAACAGUAUCAGCAUGGAAGAUUUUAAGUUCGGUGAGUAUGAUGGGCACCACACUUACCACGAAGGCGAGGACAAAGGAACUUUUUGGGGAUCCAUAGCAGAAGACAUUGAAGCAGUAGAAACCCCUACGGGUUUUCAGGGUCUUAUAUCAUGGCUUUUUCUCCCUGCAAUUGCUACUGGGAUGUUUCUCCACGUUCCGGGGGAAUACUUGUACAUCGGAGCCGGUCUGUUUACGAUUGUGUUUUGCAUCAUUGAGAUGGAUAAGCCAGAUAAACCCCACAACUUUGAGCCUCAGAUAUACAACAUGGAGAGGGGAGCUCGUGACAAGUUGAUUGCUGACUACAAUACCAUGAACAUUUGGGAUUUCAAUGAGAAAUAUGGAGAUCUAUGGGAUUUCACUGUGACUGUGAAGAAGGAAGAUAUAAUGAAGAGAUAAUUGAUGUUCUGUAAAUUCCACCAUAAUGGGAAUUCUAAACCAACUAGUGGAUGAAAGGUAUAGCUAAUUUUCUAAGGCCUCUUUUAAUAUUCUCCAAUUCUCUAUGUUGUCCUUUCUUUCUGCAUUGUCCUUUCCACUUCCUUGUUUAUAUAUUAGGCGUUGUAAUUGUAAAUUUAGAAGCCAAUGAGAACACACAAUUUUAUUAGAUUUUCUUGGAUGGUGUACAAAUUACAUAACAUAUGCAGCAUGUACCUAUUUGUCA